CUGAUCUAGGAAAUGCUUUCAACUUUGAGCAACUAGAUUAACAUAUUUGAAAUUGGACUCAUUCCAUUUUGUAGCAGAGCAAAACUGAUUUAUCAUGUAACAUUUUGCACAUAAGCCUGGAUGCUAACACAACUCUUUUUACCCUACAGACAGCACAUCUAAAGUCUAUCCAUCUUUGAAACUGCAUUAUUUCAGUUUCUUGAAAAUAAACCAUAACUUUUCUCUGGCCAUUUGGAAUUAACGCACAGAAAACCAUAUUGAACAUAGAUUCACAAGAGGUCUUAUUCAGCAAAACGUUACAAGAAUCAUUCUCCUUGGUCCUUUCAGCAAAACUCAAGUCUGAGCUUCUGAAAUGAAGACUUCACAGAAAUUUUAUCUCUUCUGUUUUUUUAUGCCCUUGGUGAAGCUAGCACCACCUAAUCAACACUCAACUCUGUUUCAUGAAACAUUCCAGCAAGAUUAUGAAGAUGCAUUAUUUCAGGAAGACUAUGGAGACUAUCCACAGGACGGAGUAAAAAAUAAGGAAGACAACACUUUCGUUUUCAAUGAAAAUAAUGUACAGCUGCAAAGAGAUGAUGAAAAACUUGCAGAGGGAACAACAAAUUAUACAACAAUGGCUACUUGUCUACUAUGUGUUUGUUUAAUUCGUUCAAUGUACUGUGAAGAAAUUGAUAUUGAAAGUAUCCCUGCUCUGCCAAAGGAAACAGGUUACCUUUAUGCAAGAUUCAACAAAAUCAAGAAGGUGAAAGUAUCUGAUUUUGCUGAAAUUCCCACCCUAAGAAGAAUUGAUUUGACGGGAAAUGCAAUUCAAGAGAUUGAAGAUGGAGCCUUUGCAAAGUUAAUUCUACUAGAAGAACUUUCAUUAGCUGAUAAUCGGAUAGCCAAGCUUCCAGUUUUGCCUCCCAAACUAACUUCACUAAACCUAAAUAACAACAGAAUUAAAAGCAGAGGAGUUAAAGCAAACGCUUUCAAGAAGCUGACAAAAUUGUCCUAUCUCUACUUAGCACAGAACGCCCUGGAGUCUGUUCCUCCUAAUUUGCCAGAAAGCCUACGUAUUCUGCAUCUUCAGUUCAACAACAUAACCAGCAUCACAGAUGAAACUUUCUGCAAAGGAAACAAUCAGACCCGUUACGUUCGUCAGCGCAUGGAUGAGAUCAGAAUGGAAGGCAACCCAGUCAUCUUGGGAAAGUACCCCAAUGCUUUUAUUUGCUUGAAGAGUUUGCCUAUAGGCCAAUACUUUUAGUUGGUAACCAAACUGAAACACGUAAAAAUUAGAUAAAAUUACUGUUGUAUCACUGUUUUAAACAUGUCCUUGUAUUAAUAGCCUCUCACAUAUAUAUAUUCAGAACUUUUAAUGAUAACAAUGUAUUUAGAUCUUCCCUAAUGUGGUGAUAUUGCACAUUCUGAUUUAAAAAGUUUGAGCAUUUGUCUACUUUUAGAUAAUAGACUCAAGCAUGAAACCAGGAAAAGGUAGCGACUCCUUCUGAGUAAUCAGAUUACAAAAUGAAUUAAAAUUGAUUUUAAAACUGUUACUGUUAUGAAUCUAAGAAUGCAUAGCAAAUCUAAAGGAAUGCAUUCUUUUAGGGGACAAGUAUAAUUUGAUUUAAUUCUGGAAGGACUGUAAAUAGACUGUACAAUACUUUGGAAUUAAAAGAGGAAAAAGUCGUUCAGAGAACAUACUCUGUGCGAAGACAUAUAGGAGCUCUUGCAAUGCCUUAAAUCUGUUUUUCUCAGGAUCAUGCUGUAGCUCUGGAGGGCACGUGUUCCUGGGAAAAGACUUAGCUCAUUUAGUAAGUUGAUGAUAAGGUGGUACAUAAGCAUCCUACAGUUCAGACUACCUUUUUUCUUUGAAAUGUGAGGGCUGCA